UUGCAGGAGCGCGUGGCGCUGUUGCCCGUAACUAGGCAGCAGCGCAUAUCUGGCAACCCACUGUAGCGAAGGAGAGCAGCGGAUUGCAUUCUGCCAGUGUAAUAUCAACAUUGGAAAGGACGCGGUCAAAAUACGGAGAUGGCAGUGAAUGUAUACUCCACAUCAGUAACUAUUGAGAACCUGAGCCGACAUGACAUGCUGGCAUGGGUGAACGACUCCCUUCAGCUCACAUACACCAAGAUUGAACAAUUAUGUUCAGGGGCGGCUUAUUGUCAGUUCAUGGACAUGCUGUUCCCAGGGUGUAUUCUUUUAAAGAAAGUGAAAUUUCAAGCAAAGCUGGAAACUGAGUUUAUACAUAACUUCAAAGUUCUCCAGGCAGCUUUCAAGAGGAUGAACGUUGAUAAAAUAAUUCCUGUGGAAAAAUUAGUGAAAGGAAAAUUCCAGGACAACUUUGAAUUCAUCCAGUGGUUUAAAAAAUUCUUUGAUGCCAAUUAUGACGGAAAAGAGUAUGAUCCCAUUCAAGCUAGGCAGGGCCAAGAUGUGGCGCCUCCACCAAAUCCAGGGCCUCAGAGAACAUCGCCAACAGUACCUAAAAACAUGCCCACACCACAGAGGGUGACCACCACCAUAAGGAAGAACCCCACACAUGCCCGAAAUGGGGGAAGUGAUGCUGAAAUCAUGGAGCUUAAUCAACAGUUGAUGGAGCUGAAGUUAACUGUAGAUGGUCUGGAGAAGGAGAGAGAUUUCUACUUCAGCAAACUUCGAGACAUUGAGCUGAUCUGCCAAGAACAUGAGGAUGAAAACAGCCCCAUUAUCAGUAGGAUAGUUGACAUUCUGUAUGCCACAGAGGAUGGCUUUGCACCACCAGAAGAUGAUGAAAUAGACGAGCAGGCCCACUUGGACCGGGACGAAUUCUGAGCGUCCUUCUCUUCCACAUCAUCGUGACCCUUCACCAUUUCCUCUCCCCACCACUUUGAAUGACUCCCCUCUAUCGCACGCUGUUAAUAUCCUCUCAGUUUCCUACAAAUCUGUGGGCUCACCAUAUAUACUCUAACUCUUUGUCCUCCGACGCUGGUUUAUGCACUACAUACGUAUCAACAAACACUCGCCGUCCUCACCCCCAUCCAGACAGUAGCACCAACCACGACACAUCCUAGCCGUCACAGCAUGUUUUACAUAUCGACAUAGAGAAUGAACAAAAGAAAAGGUAGCACAACCGACUGAAAAAAUGUAAAUAUUGAGAUGAGAAAGCCGUUUUUAAAGAAAAGAAGAAAAUGAAGAAAAAUGUCACCUGGAAUGAAGUUAUUUGUUGUGAGAUUUUCAUACACAUUUUCUUUAAGGUCUGUCUCGGUAUCACGCCAUCCAUCUGUGUCUCCAGCUUCAGUCUGCCUCUCUCACUGACUGUACACUUUUAAAGGAAAAGUUCUCACAGAAAGGACUAUUCUGUUAUCAGUUUCUCACCCUCAUGUCGUUCCAAAACCUGUAUGAUUUUCUUUCAUGGAGCAAACGAAGAAGGCUUUUCAUUUCCAUAGAAUUGCAGCAAAUAGAGACUAAAGCUUUCACUCUUGAAAAAGGACACAAAUGAACCAUAAAAGUGGUCCAUAUGAUUCAUACACUAUAUUCCAAGUCAUCUAUGAGCUUCGGGUACACCUGUGACCAGGUGAUCAUUGAGUUGAUGAAGCUCAUGAAUUCUAAUGAAAGCAGCAACAAGAAGAUGUCAAGUUUUUCAGUGAAUAACUUUAAUUUCAGUCUGUAUAUCACUCAAAGGUAUCAUACGGCUUCAGAAGACUUGGAAUAGAGCACACAAGUUAUAUGCACAACUUUUAUGAUUUUUAAGGUGAUUUUGUUUCUCUACUGAAACUUAAAAACAUUUUAUUAUAUAAUGUAUUUCAUUGUACAACCAAAGCACCAUACAUGUUUGGAGUGACAUGAAGGUGAAUAAACAGAAUUUCAUUUUUAGGUGAGCUAUCCCCUUAAAUGACAAAAAAGCAGACACUCUGAGGAAGAAUCCUAGUAAAAUCAAACUUAUGAAUCUUUUAUAUCUGCAAAGAUAUUGAUGUCAAGUUUGUCAGUGACAUGAGGGAAAUAAAUCCUGAGCUGCAGAGAGGACUUUUAUACUUUUAAUUAAUUGGAGGAGCCAGUGACAGGGUAAAUAAUAAUAACUAAAAUAAUAAAAUAAUAAUAAUAAAAACGACAUUAAAAUAUGUCAGCAAGGCUUUAAAAUGUGUGAGACAACAGUAACUUAUGACACAGGUUGCUUUGCUUAUACCCAGGGAGCAUGUAAAUGUUAUACAUUGACAACUGAUGAGUGAUUGUUUGAAAAUCAUAUUUUUCUGUUGUGCUUGAUUGUGACAUUAUUCUAACACCUCAUAGACUGCAAAAUAGAAACUCACCAAAUGGAUGGAAAGUUGUAUUACCGUCAACCAUUGAGCAUGAGGGACAGUACUCAUUGUUACUGUGGACAUUUUAUUUUAGUGGCAGUCAAACAUGUGAUACUACUGAUCAGAUGAUGUCAUGUCGAAUUGAACUGACGUUUGCUGCUAGAGUUGCUGCAUUUAUGUGUUUUGUUUUGUAUUUAUUUCGCUCAGCUAUUGAAUAGCAUAUGGGCUGUGCAUUCUUAACUGUAAAUCAUAUCAGAUUUGUAAAAAGCCCUGAUCAAAUUAAACAGAGACGCUAGAUGUCAUUCGUUUGAAUCUACUUCUCUCUGUGUUGAGAACCUGAGUCAUCUUGUGUUGUCUCAGUAUACAGUAUGGCUAUAAUUGUGUUUGCAUAAAUUGUUUUGAGUAAAUAAACAUUCGUGAAAAUA